UCAAUAAUGAUCGCCGUGUUUUCCGAUGAUCGCCAAUCAAAAAGCUAUCGAAAAUGUAACAUUUCACUGGUGCUGAUGCUACCGUUUCUGCAGCGUUUGUUAUAGAUUAACUGCUGAAAGAUGUCUGCGUCUGAUAGCGCUCACAGGAUCCAGCAUACAGGGCUCGUGACACAACAGAGGAGAUUGCGUCACCUGUCUAGCUUGUCAGCGCGCAAUAUCGUGCCAACCCGCAGAGAGAAGGAAUCGUUGAUGGAGACAUACUUUACUCUGCAUAUAUGGCCUUCACGUGAAACUGUCUACACAAGUGAAAAGAUUCACAAUUCCCUUAACCCCACCUGGCGAAGUUUCGAUCUUCAGAUGUCAUGCCCCAACUUGGACACAUCUCAGUCCACUAUCUUAGUGAGGGUGUGGGGCGGACAGACGUCAGACCACAGCCUGGUUAUAGAGUGGUUGGUAGACCUGAGAGGUCUGUGCUAUUUAGGAUCACAGAUUCACAAAGAUGGUGUACGGUACCAGCCUAAUUCCAUCAUCUUUGGCAUGUUCCAGGGCUUCUACGGGGCACCAGACAACCUACCGGACUCAAAACAGAUCAGAAGUGAAUUCCAAGUUGCCAUCGAGGUUGAACAGAGUGCUGCUAUGCUGUCGUAUAAAAUAUUUUCCUUAGGAAGGUUACACACGACCCAGCGUGCAAUAAGACAAACGGAGGCAUCUGUUUCUAAAGUCCGAAGCUCUAUCGUGGAGAAACUUACCCUAGUCAAGGACAAGACCAUUCUGCGUUCUGAGAGGGAAGCGUUAUUGCUCCGUCUGGGCGUUCUGAAAUACGAACAGGAGCAGCAGGAGCAACUAUUGGCCGCAGAUUGCAAGAAAUGCACCAAAAGUAGAGAGAGCAUCGACGAAAAAGUCCAAGACCUCCGGUUAAGACGAGAGAGACUACGGAGCGGGAUAGAUGAGCUCAAAGAGCAAAAUCAAGACUAUCAGGAGAAGAAGGAACAGCUCCAGAAGCUAGCAGCCAAGUACACGGCUCGCAAGACGACACUGCUCGGGGAACUGUCCGAUAUAUACCCAGUAGUGGAGCAGGCAAACCACGAGUACACAAUCCUUGGCAUCAAGCUUCCAAAUGCCGAGCGCUACUCCGGCACUGAUGACAUGGUGGUCUCGACCGGGCUUGGACACACCUGCCACCUGAUACUGAUGAUGUCACAGAUCCUCAAGUUGCCCCUACGCUAUCCCAUGGUCCACUACGGCUCACGAUCGCUCGUCAGGGACCACAUUACAGAGUCACUAGCCGAGAAGGACAGAGAUUUCCCACUGUACAGUCGGGGCAAAGAACGCUUCCAAUUCAACUACGCCCUGUACCUCCUGAACCGCAACAUAGCCCAGCUCCGGUUCGCCAUGGGGCUACAGACCACGGACCUCCGGGCGACCCUGCCCAACCUCAAGACACUGUUGGAACUCAAGUGGGGAAUUAAAAACAACACUGUCAGCACUAUAUACCAGGCUCCGAGAAGUCUCCAACAGCCUGACCAAUCGGUGGCCUCCUAUCAACAGCAGCAACAACAGCUACAUCAAAGGCCGUCACUGAUUCGCAGUACCACAUCUCCACCGGGCGUGGCUCCAUACCCAGUACAACCACCGCCAGUCUACAGCCAGGUUGACUUGCCACACCCGCCCCAGGUAGACGCCCGUCCCCCUCCUCCCUAUCAAUCCGUGGAGGUCACCGAGACCCCACCUCUGAGCCCCUACGUGGAGCAGAACAGUCCAUUUGAGGAUCUCACCCCAGAGACCGAGUCGCCCAUGCCUGUCCCCACGGCACCCAUUGCAAUCCCGAGCGUCGACAUCGCUGCCAAAGCCAUCGAGGCCAGGCAAACAAUGGCUGAUCAACCUGACAGUGAAGAAAGGAUUGGACAAACAACUGCUGUGAUUGAAACACAAGUUGCAAGCCUUUCCUUGGAAGACACUCUAAGUGAUCCAAGGAGCACGGAAACUCUUCGGCCUAGCAUGGAGUAUCGGGACAGGGACAGCACCUGGCCGUCUGAUUUCGUCGUGGUGAACAGUGAUUGCGAGACUCUCCAAACUGAACCAGUUGCUGUCCAGCAAAUUGAAAGUGACGAUCAGCAAUGCAGCUUGUCAUCAGAAGUCAGGAAAGAGGAACCUAACUCUCAACAGAAUCCACUGCAGGAGAGGCCUCUCAGGACUUUGGUACCAGACUUGGAACCUCAGCAGGUCCAGGAAUCUUUAAACUUGCCAGAGUUUGCGCCAUCAGGCCAGCUUGAUAAAUCUGAACAGCCUGAGCCAGCAGCAUCAGAAGCAGAAGCAGAGCCGGUCGCCAGAUCAUCAGCAACCAACGACAGACAAGCUUCUGCGGCAAACACCAACAACCAUCACAACUCCAGAUCAGAACCCAAACAAAUCUCACUUCUUCCCGAUACCACGUCAGAACCGACCCAGUCUCACUCAUCGACAGCCAAAGAGACCUCUGCGCAAAGUCCGCUACAGCUUGCCACCCCCCAAGAAUCGCAACCCUCUGUUGCCGCAUCUCAUUCCGCUUAUCACCAUAGCAACACAUCAGUACCAAAUCUGGACAAAGUAGAGCCCGUUGGGGCACCAAAGCCAAACCUUAUACAAUCAGCAGACAAAAGUUUGUUCAGCGAUGAUGUCUCGUUACCGAGGCGAUCCGACGCAGUCGGCAUUCCACCCAGGGAAAGCAACGACACGACUGUUUCCAUGGACACCGAUGCGGGGUACCAGUUCCACGAUCUUGGUAGCCGGGCCGAGGCCCUCUCGCGACAAGACAGCUUUUCUAGUUUCAAGAAAGUCUCCACCAGUCCCAAUAAGGGACGCAAGUCAGGAAAGCGACAAAUGAUGGAGUCGUGAUAGAUGAUUGACUCAGUUCGAAAAAAGGAUUUUAGAGGGACUGUGGAAACCUUUCAUUUUUAUAACUGAUCAAAACAAAAACACUCUUUCCACGGGAAUAAAUCCUGUGAAUCCAAAGUGAGGAUCAGGUGUUGUCAUGAAUAGUAAAAUAUUGUACCUUGGCCCUGAAUUCAGUAUCACAUUCCUGAUUUCUUCAGCUAAACAAAAACCUGCUAGUAAAAACUAUACAAAAAAGUGUAAUCAUUAGAAAGCUAUUUUGCUGUUUUAUUCGAAAAUAAGUGACAGCUAUUAAGGUUUAUUUUAACCAAUGAUAAUUUUUAUCAUACACAGUGGCGUAAAUCUGUGCCAUUGAGCAAAAAUUGCCCAGUCAUGGAAAUUCGCAAGUGGGGCACCACGCGACACUAGGGGGCGCCGUUUAUGAUACAAAUGUACAUCUUUUGCUAAUUGGUGCGCUUAAAAUACAUCAAGGCGGUGCAUUUAAAGAUUUUGUGGUUUUCUCCAUUUUUCAGUGCUAUUUGAUACAUUAGGGUUUUUGGAAAGUUAACCUUAAAAUCUGCAUUUUUUGUUUCUCAUCGCAAAUUCGGGGGAGGGGGCAGGGAUGAUCGAAUCGCCCAUCCCCCCGUCAAAAGUUUGGAGGGAUAAAUCCUUGCCACCCCCCCCCCUCCCCGGGAUUUACGCCCAUGAUUAUAUCAAUAGAUUUGAUUAUACUGACAUUUGCAUAUUUUAACAGAUAAAAAUAAUCAAUUUUCCCUUCAUAUUAUGAAAGCAUAGUGUACAGUUCCCACAUAUCUCUUAAAUUAAUAUGGUUUCAGAUGAUGAAGUCAUGAUAUUCUAUUUCUAACCACCACGAAUUGAAUUUCACUUUGAAAAAGCAAAAAUCUUAUAUUUGCAUUUUAUGCGCACUUUAUGUGCACUACAUGUACACACAUGUACUAGAAUUAGUUGAAUUGCAGCAUAGCAAAGUGCAAUUUGUAAACUCCAAAUUGGAAUGUUUUGUUGUAAUUUUACGUUACAUUAUAUCCUUUUAUUGAUAUCUGAAUGUGUGCAUACAUACGGGAUGCCUUUUAUUUCUCUCGGACAUGAACUGUAGGCAUUACUUUUUUGUAACUGGGCCAACUGUCAAGUUAUCCGGUGUGCUUGCCCGUUACUUGAACCUAGACAAUUUGCAACAAAAAUUCGCAAAAUUGCUGCGUGUUGAACGUCUAUGUUUAAAAGGCAUUACGCACUUUAAAAGGUGGUCAAAUAUUCCAAUAGUUUCUUUAAUAAGAAUUGUUUGGAAGCAUUUGGGCUAAUUUAUACUUUAUUGAUGAUCUCUUUCUGGAAAAGACAGCCUUCCAUAAUUUUGCAUAUUUUUGCAUAAUGUUACAGUUGUCCAACCCCUACCGCUGUUUUAUGUGUAACUAACCAAAAAACCUAAUUUCAUAAUUCGAACCAAUUGGACCUCUUGAAUCAUAACUAUACUGUCGGAAAAUAUAAGAUUUGUAUAUAUUUACACUUUUUGUCUGUCGUUAUCACCUGUUCUUGAACAGUCGUAAUGACUAAUCAUGAAUUAAGACAAUUAACCGUUUACAGUUAAUUUUUCCACGCUUUUGAACUGUCAUAAAUCUCAUGAAAUACUGUUCGUAACAUAUGUCCACCCUAUGAAAAUCCUGUAUGUUGUAGGUGUGCUUGUAGCAUUUUUAAAUACUGAUGCGCGAUGAACAAGUUCUGCUGGUUCUUAAGUCGAGAAUAAUUUUGUAGUAUACUACUUUAUGAAUGGAAAACAAUCAUGUUUAUAGACAAUGUUUGUUGCUUAAUUAGCACAGGAAUAACCAAGGACAUUUCCAAGCAUUUUCAUGUUUAAAUCGGACUUUGGACGUUUCUAAUUGUGCAGCUUUUUUCCUCAAGAUGCACUUAAAGAGGUCAGGUUUUCUGAAACCUCUUUUGGGUAACUACAUGUAUAAGGUGAAAUCUUUCUGCAAAAUUCCGCUGCUUUUCAUGAUGUAAAAACUUGAUGAUUCUAGAAACAAAUUUUGUGAGGACUUCAUGUUAUUCUUCAUGUCUCAUGAUCACGUUUUAUUUUCCAAUGUGUAAGACAACUAAAAUUGCAAGUUUUGUACAUUUGUAUAACAGACAUCUUGAACCGGAACAUUUUACAAAUUGUAAAAUCUUGGUGUAGUUCAGCUCGUGGAAUGUAGCACAUAUGUGAAAUACACAUCGAAAAAUCUAAUUUUAUUUUAGACCCGAAAAUAAAAAAUCUGAUGAAUAAUAUA